CACCUGUUGGCCCCAUGUUUUAUUUUCUUUCAGUUUCUAAAGCCGGUCAACCCCACCACCCAGAAAUACCACGAUGGAAUUGGUGACUGCCCCUGCAGCCCUUUUUCUAAAAGUCCAUGGGAUGAGCAAAAGAGCUGUGUUCACUAGAAUUCAUGUUGUCCUUCCAUGUUUGCUAAAUUAUUUAUUUUCCUGGAAAAUGAGAUGUCCAACUUCAAGUACAACUUCAACUAAGAACGUAAAAUGUGAAGAAACUGGGUGUGACUGAGUGCAAACACUGGGUCUCGCUCACACGCCGGGACUAAGCGCACAUGCCUGGGUCUUGCGCACAUGCCAGGACUGAGCGCACUCGCCGGGUCUCGCUCACACGCCGGGUCUCGUUCACACGCUGGGUCUCGCUCACAUGCUGGGUCUUGCUCACACGCUGGGUCUCGCUCACAUGCCGGGUCUUGCUCACACACCGGGUCUCAUUCACACGCCGGGACUGAGUGCACACACCGGGUCUCACGCACACGCUGGGUCUUGCUCACACGCCGGGGUCUUGUGCACACACUGGGACUGAGUACACAUGCUGGGGUCUUGCUCACGUGCUGGGACUGAGAGCACACGCUGGGACUGAGUGCACACGCCAGGUCUCGCUCACACACUGAGGUCUCGUGCACACACUGGGACUGAGUGCACACGCCGGGGUCUUGCUCACAUGCCGGGGACUCGCGCACACGCUGGGACUGAGUGCACAUGCCGGGUUUCGCUCACACGCCGCUUUGCCCGCUGCCAUGCAGGCUGGAGAAGUCGGCCCUUGUGUAUCUCUUCCCGCCUCCUGACCUCUGUCACACCUGUGGCACUGCCCUUAGGAUCUGUGACAGCGCCGUCUGAUUUCCCCGGCCCUCUAGCUGGACAGGCUCUUGGACACGUGCCUGCUUGGUGUGUUUCAGGGUUACUUGGGACCCAGACCUGGGGUUGGCCAUGUGGCUUCCAGCACUACACACAGCAUGAUACUGUGCCCUAAAGGUUUAAAAAAAAUUUUUUUUUAAGUUUUUAUCUUUUCCAUGUGGCAGGGAGAGGGAGAACAUGAGGGAGGUGGUUAGAUAUUCUCUUGUCCUCCGUGGCAGUGGCUGCCCUCAGUUGUCAAAAUCCUCAGUUCUGGGUGGCUCUGGGAGUCAGGUGGGCAUCACCAGCCCCUGCCUGCAUGGGGGAAGCCCAGCAGAGGGCAAGGCCAGAGCCACGUGUCCAGGGGACAUGCUGCGCCGUGUCGGCAGUGCCCCUGCUGUACUGAGAAGGCAGAGCAGAGUCCCGACUGACGACCCUUGUCACAGUUCCCCAGCUUUCAGAGCCGAUGCGUAGUAGGCUCCUGUCAGUGUAGCUGUGAGUGUGUCUGACUGACUGCGCAGUGCUGCGUGGGAGGACUCCCUCCGGGAAUGUGGGCAGCUCCCAUCCUCCUCCUUUACCUCUCAAGGCCUGCAGGAGGGAUGCGGGUGGGCCCUCUUACCCGGGAGCAGGGAGAGGCAGGUGGCUGCUGACAGACCAGUGCCCAGCACAGGCUGCGCCAGGUCCUGCUGUGUUCUCCAUUCCCAGGGAGCCAAGUUCUGUUGCAGUGUGCGUGCCCUGGAGGCCUGCAGGAGACCCCGGUGUGUCAGUGUUUCAGAUGCGCAUAACUCGAGACAGCUGGCAACCCUCCAGACUUCAUGAGGAAAUAAUUGACUUUUAUAACUUCAUGUCCCCUUGUCCUGAAGAAGCAGCCAUGAGAAGAGAGGUGGUGAAACGGAUCGAAACUGUGGUUAAAGACCUCUGGCCGGCGGCUGAUGUGCAGAUAUUUGGCAGCUUUAGUACAGGUCUCUACCUUCCAACGAGUGACAUAGAUCUGGUGGUCUUUGGGAAGUGGGAACGUCCUCCUCUGCAGCUGUUGGAGCAGGCCCUGCGGAAGCACAACGUGGCUGAGCCCUGCUCCAUCAAAGUCCUGGACAAAGCCACGGUACCCAUAAUAAAACUCACAGACCAGGAGACCGAAGUGAAAGUGGACAUCAGCUUUAACAUGGAGACCGGCGUGCGGGCAGCGGAGUUCAUCAAGAAUUACAUGAAGAAAUAUUCAUUGCUGCCUUACUUGAUUUUAGUAUUGAAACAGUUCCUCCUGCAGAGGGACCUGAAUGAAGUUUUCACAGGUGGAAUUAGCUCCUACAGCCUCAUUUUAAUGGCCAUUAGCUUUCUGCAGUUGCAUCCCAGGAUUGAUGCCCGGAGAGCUGACGAAAACCUUGGAAUGCUUCUCGUAGAAUUUUUUGAACUCUAUGGAAGAAAUUUUAAUUACUUGAAAACUGGUAUUAGAAUAAAGGAAGGAGGUGCCUAUAUCGCCAAAGAAGAGAUCAUGAAAGCCAUGACCAGCGGGCACAGACCCUCGAUGCUGUGCAUUGAGGAUCCCCUGCUGCCGGGGAACGACGUUGGCCGGAGCUCCUACGGGGCCAUGCAGGUGAAGCAGGUUUUCGACUAUGCCUACAUUGUCCUCAGUCACGCUGUGUCUCCACUCGCGAGGUCCUAUCCGAACAGAGACUCUGAGAGUACCUUAGGGAGAAUCAUCAAAGUGACUCAGGAAGUGAUCGACUACCGGAGGUGGAUCAAGGAGAAGUGGGGCGGCAGAGCCCACCCGUCGCCGGACUUGGACAACAGGAUUAAGGUGAAAGAGCGGCCCUGCAGCCAGCGGCUGAUGCUCUCUCUGCCCAGCGCCCAGCUCCUCUCCUCAGGCUCAUCUGCUUCUUCCGUGUCCUCACUUUCUGGAAGUGACAUAGAUUCCGAUACGCCGCCCUGCACGGCACCCCGCGUCUACCAGUUCAGUCUGCAGGCCCCGGCCCCCCUGAUGGCCAGCCUGCCCACCGCCUUGCCGGUUCCCAGUGGCAAACCCCAGCCCUCCACUUCCAGAACGCUGAUCAUGACGACCAACAAUCAGACCAGGUUUACUGUACCUCCACCGACCCUCGGGGUUGCCCCUGUUCCUUGUAGACAAGCUGGUGUUGAAGGAGCCGCAUCCCUGAAAGCUGCCCACCACAUGCCUUCCCCAGCCAUUCCCUCGGCGUCCCCCAACCCGCUGUCAAGCCCUCAUCUGUAUCACAAGCAGCACAACGGCGUGAAGCUGUCCAUGAAAGGCUCUCACAGCCACGCCCAAGGCAGCGGCUACAGCUCUGUGGGCAGUGGAGGCGUGCGGCCCCCUGUGGGCAACCGCGGACACCACCAGUACAACCGCACCGGCUGGAGGAGGAAAAAGCACACGCACACGAGGGACAGCCUGCCCGUGAGUCUCAGCAGAUAAUGGCUCCUGGCUGCGUCCACCUC